ACCACUGGUAGCAACACUCUUCCAUUCAACAUGGUGUCAUUUCCGGCGGCGGCUGCGCGGUGGGAUGGCUCCGCGCGGUUUAUGAAGAAGUUACUUUUUAUUUUUGUGUAUAGAUAGUGAAGAAGAUAAGUAAAAUUAUUGAAAAAGUGUAGAUAGUACCACAUAAAUAAUGGGAAAGCCAGAAUUUAACGGAGGUCGCGGAGGCGGUGGCGGCCGCGGUGGACGAGGCGGCGGCGGCUUCAGAGGAGGUCGGGGCGGCGGCGGAGGCCGAGGGGGCUUCGGCGGUGGCCGCGGGGGCGGCGGCGGCAAGUUUGAGAAGCGCGGUGGGGGCGGGGGCAGAGGCUUCGGAGGAAGGGGAGGAGGUGGUCGCGGCCGUGGCGGAGGCGGCGGCAGAGGGGGCUUCAAAGGAGGGAAACAAGUUAUACUUGAGCCUCACAGACAUGCUGGCGUGUUCAUUGCAAGAGGGAAGGAGGAUGCACUGGUCACGAAAAACUUGGUGCCAGGUUCAGAGGUUUACGGAGAAAAGAGGAUAUCAGUUGAGAAUGAAGGAGAGAAGGUGGAAUACCGCGUGUGGAAUCCAUUCAGAUCUAAGUUAGCUGCGGCUAUCAUGGGUGGGGUUGACGCCAUACACAUGCCUCCAGGGUCCAGGGUGUUGUAUCUCGGUGCUGCUAGCGGUACUACUGUCAGUCAUGUCUCUGAUAUUGUGGGACCGGAAGGUCUAGUGUAUGCAGUGGAGUUCUCACACAGAUCCGGCAGAGAUUUAAUAAAUGUAGCAAAGAAGAGGACGAAUAUCAUACCCAUCAUAGAGGACGCCAGGCAUCCACUCAAAUACAGAAUGUUGGUGGGCAUGGUGGACACAAUAUUUGCCGAUGUGGCCCAACCAGACCAGGCAAGAAUAGUUAGUUUAAACGCACAACACUUCCUUAAAAAUGGGGGACAUUUCGUUAUAUCAAUUAAGGCAUCUUGUAUAGACUCAACGGCACAACCGGAAGCGGUAUUCGCAGCGGAAGUUAAAAAAUUACAAGCAGACAAACUAAAACCACAAGAACAGUUAACAUUGGAGCCCUAUGAAAGAGAUCACGCAGUUGUUGUGGGCGUCUUCAGACCACCGCCUAAGAACGCGUAGAUAUAACUUAAUUUUAAGGACUUGAGCAGUUUUACAAGUUGAUGUUAUCUGGAGCCGUAAAAGUUAAAAGAGCAUGUCUCUUGUAACAAUGGUGUUUUUAUAAUUAAAUAAGGCAUUUUAAUUUCAAUCGAAAAUGUUUUGAAAUAAGAGAACUUAUGUUUUUACGUUUAUGCUUUAGAAAAUAUAAAGACUUCUAUGAUACUAAAAUAUUCUAUUUUUGUAUUGCGUAGUGGAAUCUACCGUGAAAGAAGUCUUAGUAUACUGUUACAUACGUUUUAUUGAAUUGAUACGUUGACUAAUUUACACACCUGUUGUGUUAAUAAACGCGCAAUGAUAGGCCCGUGCGCCAGGCGUGUUUAAAAAUCUACUAGGUUGUCGCAGCAUGUGAUGAGUGUAAAAAUUUGCGCUACGAACAUGUGGCUAACACAACUAAUAAACUUGCGCGCAAAAAAUCACCACGCGAUAGUAUGUUUAAGUUUGGUUAUUAUACCUUCAGCUACAUAAAUCACACCGGAUGUGUUUGCCACAAUGCUAUAGCUCUUAUUUUUACACGCGUGACGUACAACGAUGGCCUUAGUGGACAACUGUUUGUAAUGAUGCUGCAGUCACGCGCCAACUUUGUCUCAAUCGUAAGUGACACCUAAUGGCCUACAAAUAAAACCUGUAUGACAUUAGAGGUCGCCUAUACAACUGGUUGGUGAAAAAAUAUAACACAAAACUGUUACGACGCCAUAGUUAAUUCCAAGAUACAAUGUAUUUUAGUUAUAAGUUGUAUGGACAUACGCGAGUGUGUUAAGAAAAUGAGAAAUAUAUGAUGGUGCGAUUGAA